AUGUCUGGUGGUUACUCGCACCUGUCUAAAGUGGGGGCUCGUGUGGCAGCGCGAAUGAAUAACGUUCCGAAGCAUAUGCAGGCUCAGAUGGAUAAGAGGAUGAAUCAAUCCAUACCGGCGUUUAUGAGAUCAGCACUGCCCAGCGUGAAGGAGGAGGAGAAGUUCCAGAGUGUCAAGGAUUGGAAGUUCUUGCCCGGCGACCGGGUUGUGGUAACGAGGGGAGAGAAGAGGGGCCACAUAUGCGUGGUUAAACAGCACGAUAGCACCACUAAUGGGUUUAUCCUGGACGAGAACGGGCCCUCGAUGAGCGUUCCAGUGCCCAAGCAGUACUGGCUAGAGGGCCAGAGAACGCAUAUGCUGACGGUUCCGAAGGCAAUGAGGCAGCAGGAUCUGCGGUUGGUCGCAGAUAUCGAUGAUCCGGCGAAUCCUGGGCAAACGAAGACGGUGGCCGUCAGAGACGUGGAGUUCAAGGGAACGUACUACGAUGAGAAUUACAAGAAAGUGAUGCCCUACAGAUCCGUGGUAGGGGAAAGCGAGCUGAUCAUCCCGUGGCCAAAGCCUGAAGCGAUGGAAGAUGGCGAGCUUGGCACAGACCCUGUGUUCGCCAGAGAACAGACUUUCUGGGUCGAUUCGAUUGUGAAGAAUCCUAUCCCGAAGAGUGCGCUGCUGACAGUCCGUAAUCCACACUCCAAGUUUAGGAGAGGCGUUCUCACGGCUCGCGAUGUCGCGAAGCUUGUCGCACCAAAGAUGCCUCUGUCUGACACCAAGAAGGCGUUCUUGGAGGAGAAGAAGGAACUGGCACGGAUGCCAAGACCUAAGCUGACGGAGGAUGAUAAGAACGCUAUUGGGCAAAAAAUCUACGAUCACCUGAAAGAUAGUCUGUAA